UGGCUUGUAAGAGUGAAAUCAGACGUGAUGCUGGACCCACCUUCCAAGGAGGCUGCAUUUCUUUCUUCAGGAAUGGACAAUCAGACCGUCCUGGCUGUCCAGUCGUUGUUGGAUGGCCAAGGAGCGGUCCCUGAUCCAACAGGCCAGAGCGUCAACGCACCCCCUGCCAUCCAGCCACUGGAUGACGAGGACGUCUUUCUCUGCGGGAAGUGUAAGAAGCAGUUCAACUCACUGCCAGCGUUUAUGACCCACAAGCGGGAACAGUGCCAGGGGAAUGCCCCACCCCUGGCCACAGUCUCACUGGCCACUAACAGCAUCUACACGCCUUCAGCAGCACCCACAGCGGUCCAGCAGGCCCCACCUCCUGCCAAUCGCCAGAUCUCCACAUAUAUCACAGUGCCCCCAUCCCCGCUGAUCCAGACCCUGGUGCAGGGGAAUAUCUUGGUGAGCGAUGACGUGCUCAUGUCUGCCAUGUCGGCCUUCACGUCUCUGGACCAGCCCAUGCCCCAGGGCCCCUCACCAGUGCAGAGCAACCUGAACAUGCAUUCUGCGCCCAGCUACCUCACCCAGCCUCCACCACCUCCUCCACCGCCUCCACCACUGCCCCCACCCCCACCCCCCCAGCCUCCGCCACCCCCACCCCAGAGCCUGGGCCCCCCCGGGCGUCCCAACCCUGGUGGGAAUGGCGUGGUGGAGGUGUACAGUGCCACGGCACCCCUGGCUGGGAGUGGGACGGUGGAGAUCCAGGCGCUGGGAAUGCAGCCCUACCCACCCCUGGAGGUGCCGAACCAGUGUGUGGAGGCUCCAGUGUACCCCACGCCCCCGGUAUACAGCCCCGGAAAACAGGGAUUCAAACCGAAAGGACCAAACCCUGCUGCCCCCAUGACCAGCGCCACCGGGGGCACAGUGGCCACCUUUGACUCCCCGCCAGCACUGAAGACCCGACGGGUCAAAGGUGCCAGUGGACUCCCAGAAGCUGCGGGGAAGCCAAAGGCUCAGAAACUCAAGUGCUCGUACUGUGACAAGUCAUUCACCAAAAACUUUGACCUGCAGCAGCACAUUCGAAGCCACACUGGUGAGAAGCCCUUCCAGUGCAUUGCAUGUGGCCGUGCCUUUGCCCAGAAGUCUAAUGUCAAGAAACACAUGCAGACUCACAAGGUGUGGCCUCCGGGGCGCAGUGGUGGCACCGUCUCUCGCAACUCUGUGACUGUACAGGUCAUGGCCCUGAACCCCAGCAGGCAGGAGGACGAGGAGAGCACAGAGUUGGGUCCGCCCCUAUCAAGCGCCCCGCAGCCCCAGGCCUUGCCCACAGCCGGCGAGGAUGAGGGGGACAAGCUGGAGGCCAAGCAGGUGGUCCUCAUCGAUAGCUCCUACCUGUGCCAGUUCUGCCCCAGCAAGUUCAGCACCUACUUCCAGCUCAAGUCCCACAUGACCCAGCAUAAGGACGAGCAGGUGUACAAGUGUGUGGUCAAAAGCUGUGCCCAGACGUUCCCGAAGCUCGACGCGUUUCUGGAGCACAUCAAGAGCCACCAGGAGGAGCUGAGCUACCGCUGCCACCUCUGCGGCAAGGAUUUCCCGUCGCUGUACGACCUGGGCGUGCACCAGUACUCCCACAGCCUCCUGCCGCAGCACAGCCCCAAGAAGGGCAGCGCCGUCUACAAGUGUGUCAAAUGCGUCAACAAAUACUCCACCCCCGAGGCCCUGGAGCACCAUCUGCAGACCGCCACUCACAACUUCCCCUGCCCGCACUGCCAAAAGGUGUUUCCUUGCGAGCGCUACCUGCGGCGUCACUUGCCCACCCAUGGCAGUGGGGGCAGGUUCAAGUGCCAGGUGUGCAAGAAGCUCUUCCGGCGGGAGCACUACCUCAAGCUGCACGCUCACAUCCACUCAGGUGAGAAGCCCUACAAAUGCUCGGUGUGCGAGUCCGCGUUCAACCGCAAGGACAAACUGAAGAGACACAUGUUGAUCCAUGAGCCGUUCAAGAAGUACAAAUGCCCCUUCUCGACACACACAGGCUGCAGCAAAGAGUUCAACCGGCCAGACAAGCUGAAGGCUCACAUCCUCUCCCACUCAGGCAUGAAGCUCCACAAAUGCGCCCUGUGCAGCAAGUCCUUCAGCCGCCGCGCCCACCUCGCCGAGCACCAGCGCGCCCACACGGGCAACUACAAGUUCCGCUGUGCUGGCUGUGCCAAGGGCUUUUCCCGCCAUAAAUACCUCAAGGAUCACCGCUGCCGCCUCAGCCCCCAAAGGGACAAGGACCUGCAAGCCCGGCGGCCCCCCUGGAGGAGGGCAGCCCCCCGCAGUGGCAGCAGUGGCGGGUGCAAGGUGGUGACCCCCCUGCCCGACCCGCUGGGGCUGGAGGAGCUGAAGGACACAGGGGCUGGGCCAGUGCCCGAGGCUGCCCCAGGCAAGCCGCCCUUCUCGGAGCCAGACGCUGUGCUGUCCAUCGUAGUGGGUGGCACAGUGGGUGGCGAACCUGAGCUGGUAGUGCCCGGGCAUGCCGAGGGCCUGGGCUCCAACCUGGCGCUGGCAGAGCUGCAGGCAGGGACCGAGGGCCCGUGUGCCAUGCUCGCUGUGCCCGUCUACAUCCAGGCCUCGGAGUGAUGGUCCCGUGGCGUUUGCUCCCACAGCCCGGCCUGAUGCUCACCUUGGGGUCUGGGGCCUCUGGGGCAGACUAGAGAUCCUUCCCAAUGGAAGAGAGCCAUCAGCUGAAGUCUUUUUGGAACGUCAUUUAUAAACCCUGGCCCGUGGCUGCCUCGCUGUGUCCCCUAUCCUGCUGCAAAGCCCUGCAGCAUUCUGAGAUCUGAGGCAGGGGUGAUGGCAAGAGAGAUGGCUGAGCCUGAGCUGCCCAAGGUCUGGCUGAUCUAGGCUGGUGGUCGGGUCACCUAAGAGAGAAGCCAGGGUGGUCCCGCCCACCUCAGGAUGGCCUCAAGUCAAGCUGCUCUUCGGAAGAUCUGACGUGGUUGGAGCCCUUAUCUGCUGGACCUUUUCACGUACGGUUCCUCGCAGCAUCCCCAGAUGACUCUAUGGUGUAGGCAUUUAGGAGGCACUCGAGUGUUGUGGUUAGAAUGCAGCUAUCAGCCAGAUCUGGCUUCAAAUCCAAGUGCUGCCACUCACUUGCUGUGUGACCUUGGGUAAGUCACUUCACCUCUCUGAGCCCUGUGUUCCUCAUCUGUACAAUGGGGCUUACGACAGUACUACCUCACAGGGCUGUUAUGGGGAUCCAGUAUGAUGAAGUAUGCAAAGGACUUGGCAUAGUACCCAGCACUUGGAAAGUGCUCAUAAAUGUUUUUAUCAAAAUGU